AUGUGGCAUCCAAGCUUCCUCGGUGUGAAAAGCCUGCGGGGCGAUGCGCUUGUCACAGCUUAUAUGGUUGUCUGCGGCAUUGCCUUUAUCAUGUUUGGUUAUGAUCAAGCUGUUUUGGGGGCUUUGUCGAGCAAUCCGUCGUUCCUCGAACAUAUGGGUACCACCGAUCCUCUCAUUAUAGGAUGCAUCAUCGCCAUAUUCUCCAUCGGCGCCAUCGUUGGCAGCAUUGUCACACUGGUCUUUGGCUAUCGCCUUGGUCGACGGUGGCUUAUUUUUAUCGGAUGCUGUUUGCUCAUACUUGGUGCAGCCCUGCAAGCCGCAUCUUUCAGCCUUGGCCAGAUGAUCGCUGGCCGAGUGGUCGCGGGCGUCGGGGUCGGCUUCAUCAGCUGCACAAUCCCUCUGUUGAUUUCCGAGAUUGCAAGGCCCAACAGACGUGGCAUUCUGAUAGCUGCACUGUUCACUCUCGCAGUGAUUGGCAUCGUGAUAGCCGAUUGGAUGAUAUUCGGGCUUCUUAAGCACACUACGAAUCAGGAGCUCGUGUGGCGCUUUCCGGUUGCUUUCCAGGGAGCCUUCGGCAUUUUCACUGCGCUUACGAUCUUUUUACUCCCCGAAUCGCCCAGAUGGUUGUAUGCCCAAGGCUACAACAAAGAGGCCACCAACGUGCUUGCACGUGUGUACAACGCAUCUGAGCGUUCGCAACUGGUCCAGGAUACUUAUGAUGCUCUCAAAGCAGAGGUAGAUGACGAGGAGAAACGCGAGGAGAAAGGCUUUGCUCUGUUCACACAGUGCAUGGGGGCAUUGUUCUGGGAUACGACCGAUUUGAAGCUGGGAAGGCGGCUGCGCUUAUGCUUCUUCAUUAUGAUGCUGCAGGAGAUGAGUGGUCUCAACAUUAUCGUGCCAUAUACGAAUACCCUAUUCGGCAUUGACCUGAAAUUUGACGCUCUGACGUCUAUUAUGGUUGCUUCCAUCAUCCAGGUGGCUUGGGCUAUAUUCACUACCUGCGAAAUGUUCACAAUCGAACGCUGGGGCCGGAGACCUACGCUCAUGAUUGGUACCGUGAUAUGCACUGUUGGAAUGACAGGCUUCACCAUUUCCAUCUCCAUCGGCACCAAAGCGGCAGGAUGGGCUGGCAUGGUGAUGUUGAUCGUCGUCUUCUUUGGUUUCGCCUUCGGCAUGCUCCCGAUGAGUUGGCUCUAUCCGUCCGAAAUCCUGCCACUACACAUGCGGCAUGUCGGACUCGGCGUCGCGGGUAUCACGACUUGGCUCUUUACAUUCCUGACAGUUUUUACAGGCCCAAUAUCGUUCGAGGCCACAGGGUAUAGAAUCUUCAUUCUCUACAUCCUCUUCAAUGCACUUGCGUUUCCAUAUGCGUAUUUUCUGAUGGAGGAGACAAAAGACAAGACCUUGGAGGAGAUCAACCUCAUGUUCAGCCCGAUCGCUGCUGCCAGUAUCCGUGCUGCGCAAGUAGAAAUUCCUAUAAACGGAAAAAAGGAUCUAGGGGCGCAAGUCAUCGAACAAGAGUAG